AUAAUAUUCCAUGUUACAGGUUGCGGCAAUGGCAAAUAUCUUAGCGUCAAUCCGUCCAUCUACACAGUGGGAGGUGACCGCUGCACCCGACUCACAGCACAAGCACGACAUCACAACAAUGAGGUGGUCGCAUGUGACAACUUGUGCCUGCCUUACCGCGACGAGUCGUUCGACGCCGUGCUGUCCAUCGCGGUGGUGCACCACUUCGCCACGGUGGAGCGGCGCGCGAUGGCACUGCGGGAACUGGCUCGCGUCACCAGGAUAGGCGGCAGGCUCCUGCUCACCGUAUGGGCUAUGGAACAUGAGGGCCGGAACUUUCAUUCACAGGAUGUUCUAAUACCCUGGCAUCGACCUGCCACACUUUGCCCACCAACUCCUGCUCCAAGAUUCCUCUCAGUUGACCAUGAACAUUACGCAGAACCAUGGAAAAGUCGAGAUGGUUCACCAGGUUCAUCGUCACUUUCAUCUCCUAAUGAAACCUGCUACUCAUUCGUGAGAAGAGCACUUCAGCGGUUGGCAGGAAGGCGGUCCUUUCUCCCAUCAUGGAGCAUCGGAGCGCGAGUACCACCACGACCAUGUUUACGCCCUGAGCCACCUGCCGCUGACUUACCUAUUGAACUUCGCCGAUUAGACGAAGCAUUACCUCCAAGAUUAAUAACACAAGCCUCUGACGCCUCCACGAUUAAGUCAAGAAGCUUAACUGAUAUAGCGGACAUAGAAAGACGAGCACUUGUUCGAUCACGAUCAAGUCUACCCAGUUUAGGUGGCGAAGAGUCUGAACCACCACCACCGGCUGCCCCAACACUGGAAGUUAAUGAGCCUCGAAAGAAACCUCGACUUGUAAAACAAAAGAAAUCAAUCAAUGAGGAUGACGCAGAAGAAGACCUUGAUAAACCUACAGACAUGAAAAGCAUGGUAGAAGAAAUGCCUAACUUCAAGAUACACACCCAUCGAUUACAAUCUAAAAAGCCAGGCGUUUUUAAGCAGACAUCACUUAACGAAGAAUUAAUGUCUGUUGAACGAUUAAGGGAAAAGGAACGGUUAAGGAAGAAUAUACAAAAGCAAGCAUCACUCAAUGAAGAAUACCUGUAUCGUAGACCGGGAGUACUUGAUUCCAUUCGUGAUUCAAUAUUCUCGACUUCUGCUACCACUGGCAAGAAGUUUCAAUCACUGAAAAACGGCCUCACUAGUAAGUUCAAAACGUCUACAACGAAUAUAGAUAAAGUAACCGUGUUCGUGAGAAUGCUCCAAGGUUGGAAAAGUCAUGGACCGGCUACAGAAGUUCCUACACCGAGUGACAAUAACCCACCAAGUGAAAAACCUUAUCCCGAGAGACGACAUUCAAAGGAAGAUGGGUCAGAUUCUUCUAAAGAUAGCAGUCUUCAAAGUGAUACUAGUGUUGAUUCCGAAGACAGCUUCGCAUCCGUGAUAUACGUCCCUAAAGCUGAUGGUUCCAGCGAUCCAUUAUCACCUACGCCUCUUUCCCCUGGUCCUACGUCACCUCGACUUAAAGUCUCUUCCGUACCAACUUCACCUCGAAUGAAAAGUUCACCAGGUUUGCCAUCGCCGAGGAUUAAGCAAGCCUUCCCUCUCAUACGUCCACCAGCGUCACCUAAUUCUGUUCAAGCACCAAAUACAGUCAACAAAAUUUUAGUAACUCAGUACAGUCUAAAGAACUACUCGACAACCAGUUCGGUAGCUGCAGUUACGUUGAAACCUCAAUCAAAAAGUCAACCAAACUCUCCACCUAAAUCUGAAUCCGAUGACUCAGCUCCUAAACCAGAACCUUUGCCAAUCAUUAAUAACAAUAUAUCAAUUGAUGUCUUCGAAGAGGUUGACCCCAUUCCGUCUAUCAAAGAAGAAGAGGAAGAAACACCUACAAGCGAGGUAACCAAGGAAUUACUUGCAGAAAUCAAUAAGGAUAUAGAGGAAAUACACAAACUAACAGCUGAGACGAAUCAAUUCAAACCUCGUGUUGUUUUACAAGAUGUCAAACCGUAUCCCAAAAUAACGCUCCAAACUGUUGCCGAGCUUCCUGAAAUACCUCAGUUUAAGCCCAAGGAGCCAGUUAAAACUGUAACCGACACUUUAGAUUCGAGGUCGGCAGAACGGAAACGUAAAGAAAGGAUACGGCAAAUUAAAGAAAUGCUUAACAAAGGUAUUCCCUCGGGGAGUAUAAGCAGGAGGCCUCCGUUUCCCAUCGUCCGCGGUACAAGGAAUGCUGAGCCAAUUGUCAAGAGCCGGCCCACUCUUAUGUCUUUAGAGUUAUUUAAUCCCGCAACUGAUGAUAUGGAUAGUGAUUCGAGCGGCGUUUCAUCACCCGAUUCGGUUGAUAGCGUCAUUAGCGUCGUGCCAGAUGAACUAAGAAAAACUGCUGUAGAAAAAGAUCUAACAAACCCAACAACAUCAGAGACGAAGAAAGAAGAGCCAACGCCGGAGAAGACAUCACAGCCUUCGUCAGGUCCCCAGAGUCUCAUUGAGGCUGCUAUUGAAGUCGCACAAUCAUUAGAAGAAACCUGUGAAACUAUAAUUCAAAGCAGUCCUCGAUCCAAACGAAAACACCUGGAAAAACUCGAAAGCGCUGAAGCCAUGGCCAUUGUACAAGGUACUUCAAGCAGCAGCAGCAGUAGUAACUGGAGCCUCAACAAGCUAUCACCUGGAGAUUUAAGGAUAUUAGAAGACAGAUCUAGAUCCCAGUCACACACCAGCUCUAGUGGCAGUUCUUCAAGCCUAGAACGACUUUCACCAGGAAGGAGGUCGAAAGACCGAUCACCCAAGCUAGGAAGUACAAGUAAUUCCACUUGGAGUUUGAAUAGGCUAUCUCCUAAUAGGCCUGAAGGUCGGUCGCUAGAUGAAAAUCUCAGCAAAACACACCGAAGCCCAACUAGAUUACCAUAUGAUUCCAUUUCAAUAUCUAGUACGGAUUCUGAUAAAUCUAUUUCAAAAUCUGAAAGCUUUAAUAGAAUGCAAGCUAAUGAGCCUUUAGUAACGUGUAAAUCUGAUAUGGUGGCCACUGAAGAAGAAUGGACGGACCAGGACCGUGGUCAACAUUUAACCGAAUUCGCCGAAAAACUGAGCGAAAAGUUGUUACAAGAGAUUGAUCAAUACUCAAAACGAAUCAAUGAGGAAGACUUUGACUUGCCUAGUAGUAGCAGUAGCGAAAAAAGUAUUUCUUUAAGACUCAAGCGAGAAGAAGAAGACAGAAACACCCAAAAGAUUUUAGAUGAACUAUCAGACAGCUUGCAACAUUUAGAGGAUCCGUAUAUUCACAAAAUAAGCACGGAAAUGCAAGGGCUCAAUAAGCUUAGCGCAGAAAUCCAAGAAAGGAACAAAUACAUCGCGUCUUUAAAUGACGUACAAGAAACUGAUAUUAGCAAGCUAUUCCCUAAAUGUGUUUCAAAAACGAAAAGCAAGAAGAGGUCAAAAGAUGUCGAUCCCAUUAUAAACAAAUACAGGGAAUUAAAGAAAUCAAUGAAAGUUUCUAGUGAAGAGGAUAUAUACCUCAAUAAUUGUGCCAACAUCCAAUACACAGCAAAACCAAUUGUAACUGAAAAGUUACCUGACAUAGACACCAAAAACCCAGAUGAAGAUAGUGCAAUAUCAUCAAGUAACGGUAACCCUGAAAUCACUAUCGACUCUGGUGCUUACGACAUAAGCCAAUCGCUGGAAACUGGCUACUCAUUAGAAUCGGAAAUAAGUGUUGAUUCAUUAUGCACAAGUACCGAUAAGAGGUCAUCAUUAAAAGUCGGCCAGUCGACUGAUUCCAGUGAUUUAGAUAAAAUGGAAAUUAGUCCUGAAUCUGUCACGUCUCGCUCUAGUGCCAGCACGGCUCCGUUAAAGUCUGGUUUCUCGAUCGAAUCUAGCGAUACAUCGGCAGGGAGUGACUGGAGCCGGCGAGAUAAGACGGGCAGUACAGCGUCGUUGGGUUGCGCGAGUCUUGCAUCUUUGCCGUCUUGUAGCGAGUGUUCCAAAGAUAGGAAGCUGUUGGAGACACGGUCUUCAUCAGAAGACACGGCUCCGGUGCCCGUAGCGCCGCCGCUCCGCGCGUUCCCGCACGCCCCGCUACUCCCCUCCCUGAGUGACGGCUCGGACAGCUUGCCCUCCGAGGGCGGCGCCGUCACCUACCACCGCUACUACCACGUGUUCAAGCGAGGAGAACUCGAUCAGCUGAUCGAGAAAUACGUCGAGAGCCUGCACGUGGUGUCCUCGUACUACGACCAGGCCAGCUGGUGUGUCAUCGCUGAGAAAGUUCAAGUGUGGACCAUUUAAUGGACUUAUUGUGUACUCACUCUUUGUCUAAUGGCUGAUACAAGGUUUCGUUGCUGGUAUAUUUAGGGGCUGAUGAUAAUAUUAUAAUUAUUCUGGUUCAUAUUCUAUAAUCUUAUGAAAUAGUGAAGAUUAUAAAACAUUAAAUAUUGAACAUAGGACACUAAGAAGUGCAGUGUUUACAUCCAAGUGACCUUUGUAACAAACUCGUAAGUGAGUGUUAAGGACAUUCGUGAAUACGGAUCGUAUGAAGGUAACCCUAUGCGAAAUUGCCAAAAGCAAAGCUUUUGUUUUUUAAUAAUAUAUUCUAGUCACUCUAUAAAAGUUUACUAGUUGUUAUCUCUACUAUAAUCUUAACAAUUUUGUUGCCUAUCGUGAAACGUAGUUCGACAACAGUUAUUUAAUGCCUCAGUCUAGUAACUGCCGCAUGCGUACGAGUUGGAAUAAUAUAGCUAGACUAUUGUUUAGUUAUAUUAUACAUAAUAUCUUGCUAUAAUGUAUAGUGUAUUCUGAGAGCAGUAAGUAACUCCUGGUUACAACCACGUUUCACACAACAGGCAUUAGUAUUCGAUGCGGUAAUAGAAUCGCAUGAAUGAAAACUAAGAGCUUUAAAUAGUAAAAAAUUAAAUAUAAUAUAUUAUAUACUUCAGUGGCUCAAUAUUGUAUAAGCUAUUCAUAGCUUAUUUACUCUACCGUUCAUGUAUACCUACAGAAAAUUGUAACGUUAUUCUCACAUACUAGGUAUAAUUAAUGAAACCAUAUUCCAAGACCAAAAUAACGAGGUGCAAUACAAUUAGUCGCAUUAUUAAUUAUAAUCGUUAUAUGACAAUAACCGAGUUCUAGCGAUGUCGCCGUACUAGUUUCGUUUCAUUUCUCUACAGGCAUACAUUUUUGACGAAGGUACUUCUUUGGUUUUGGAUUAUGGUUGGAUUCAUUUUUGUUCUUGGUACCUAAUUUAUUCUGAUGUUUCAUUUGUUUCCUGUAUUCGUGACGAGCUGGCCUCUCGUACAAAUUGUAUAAAUCGUGUAUGGGUCCACCGUACUGUGUUGCCACUUGACAUCGCCGCGUUAUUAUAUACAUUUCAUACUAUAUUUGGACCAUUUAGUGAAGUUAGAGGUUUUAGUCGUGGUAGUGGCAUAAUGGACGUCUCCCUUGCCUACUUGUAUAAUACUUGAGAGUACAAAUACAUAAAAUAAUUUGUUCAAUACUCACUCUUACUGUAAGUGUUCUUUUUAAAGUCUACGCCUAACGCGUACGCCUCUGGGAUUCGGACAUAUAUUUUCACGAAUAUAUUUGCGAAUGUUUGGCUCCAUUUAACACAAACAUAAUGGCAGAUCUAAUUGGUAAAUUCAACAGUUUUAGGUUUAUAUUAGAUUUAUGAACAUCAAUGUUGAAUUUCAAAGGCAGUUAUCGCGUCUUUUCUUUCAUGGAAAAUCGUUUAGAGAGUACAUUCUUAACUCGCGGCGGUAUUAGAUAAUGCGUCAA